GGCUGGAUAUGCAUAUACAUAUAUGUUUUUAUAAACACAACAGUAAAGAUAGUGGAUAUAGCCGGGCAUGACGUACUAUCAGGGCCGAUAAGCCCUUGAACCGAUCCCAACUGCGCAGCGGCAGCACCAGCGCCAGCAACAACAAUCAGGCAAUCAGAGCAGCUUGUUUUGAUUUCCUCGGAAUCAAAACUCCGGAUAAAGCUGCCAAUCAACUUGUUGCGGGAUCCGCAGCGUCGCCCAGUAUUGAUUUGGCACAUAUAGCUGACAGUUGUGAUUCCGAUUUCGAUUCCCAGACAGCUGUCUCUGUAUCUGCCACAAUAUAUUUAUAUACAUUUCAUAUACGACGCUACGCUUUUCCAAAAACCGAUACGGUACCAUAUUUGUGUUCGGUUUUCAUUCGUGGAGGGCGUCGGUGGUGGAGGAGGAGGAGGAGCUGGACACCACACCAGAGCAAAGCGGAAUUGACGCAAUUGUUGAGAACUAUUUUUAAUGGCCAGCGGGUCGGAAAUGUACGAAACUCAUCAAAUAUUCAGAAGUCAAGCAGUCAAUAAGGAGAGGCAGUGAUUGCCCGGAAGCGGAGUCAAUUGGCCGAUGAAAUCGGAGGAGUACGCAGCGGACGCCAUGGAGAAUCGCCGCCGUUUGCCGCUGUUCCCCAUCGAACCGGAGCCAUCCACAACGGCUACGCAGCGCCUCACGCUCCUGGCCACCCGACUACUACGUGCGCUGCAAUUAAAUUGGAGGAUUAUUGUUUCGGGCAUCACGCUUACACUGCUGGCCGUCAUCUGGUAUUAUCCCACCUUCUUUCUUUUCUUCGCCUUCGUAGUCUAUUCUCUGGUCUUGGUCUUUGCGGCUGUGGCGGGCACCGUUUAUAUCCAUUAUAUAUUCACCACCAACGAGCCGACGCCACCAAGUCGCGUGUCCUCGCGACUGCUCUACAAUGCCACCAAGAGCAACAUCUUCGAUCUGCCCAAGCCCAUCAAGAAUCCAUCAAAUCUGCCCCUGAUUUUCGGCAAAACAGUAGACCUGCAGCUCCAACAGAUCAUUGAGUAUGUGCUGCGCGACUUUAUGCUGCCCUGGUUGGGCUAUGUGGUCACCAAGCCCAAGCUCAUCAACGAUGUGGUGCGCGAGGAUCUGUGGAACGCCAUACAGAAGAUUCAUGAACGGGCUACCAGGAUGGACGCCGCCAAGAUUAUCGCCGUGGACAUGGUCAACAGAGUGACAGUGCAUCUGGAGAAGAUUCGCAUUGCUGAGGCCAGAGCGGCUGAAACAAACUCGCCGCCAGUUUUUAGUACCAACUCGUACCUCGCCGAUGAGGAGAUGGAGAUGGAAUUCCUGCGCAAGCUGUGCGAGAUUAUGGUGAUCCUGCUGCUGCCGCGCGGUUACUCCCUGCCCCCAUUAAAGGUUCUGCUCAGCGAGAUUCUGUCCUACAAGAUAUUCUUUCCCAUGAUCAAAAUGCUGACCGCUCCGGAUUACAUCAACCAGAAGGUGGUGCAGAACAUUGAGACUCGAUUGGCGGCGGCGGCGAUGAGCAAGCGUAGCUACGAGUACGCAGCCAGCUUCGAGGACUUCCUCAAGAUCAUCAACAACUCGGGCAACCUUGAGGAGCUCUCGCUCAUCCGCAAGAGCAUUGUGAACGACCUGAUGCAUGCCACCACCAUGCAGAACCUACAGCGUGCCAAAGGCCUAGAUCCGGACCACGAGGACCACUCGCUCUCCAAGUCAGAGCUCACGGCCGCCGUCCGGCUGAAGCGCUACGUUCGCCAACUCACGAUGGCCAAGGGCGAGUGCGAAAAGAACCUUGCCAAGUUCGGUUGGAAUGGCAACUAUUCCAGCGAUAUUGACCUGACGCUGGUCGAGAUCCUAAACACUGCGGUGGGCCGUCGCUACUUCACCCUGUUCCUGGAGCCGCUAAAGGCGAGUGCCCUGAUUGGUUUUUACCUGGCCGUGGAGGAGAUCAAGCACGCGCACAAGUCGGUCAGCCACCAGCUGGGCACGGAGAUCUUCUACACAUAUAUCCGGGUGCCCAAGUCCGAGAUCCAGAUCGACAAGCACGAGCGCAAGCUGAUCGAGACGUUCCUGCUGGGCGACGCUGAUCCGGACAUCUUCUUCGACAUUCAGCGCAACGUAUUGCGCACGCUGGAGGAGAAGUACUAUCCGCCAUUUGUGCUGAGCGAUCAGUACCGCCAGCUCAAGGAGGCGCUGGACUCCAAUGAGAUUGCAGAUCCCACUCUGCUGAUGUGCCACACCAUUGGCGACGCUGCGGAGCCGCUGGCGGAUGAGCAUUCGGGCGGGUCGGAUGGACUUAAUGGCGGAGCCGGUGGCGCCAUCGAUGUGGCCGCCCACACGUCAUAUGCACGUCGAAAAUUGGAACAAAUACAGGAACGCAUUGACAAGAAGAAUCAGGCGCUGGACGCCCUCAAGUACUCGGUGAAGCCGGAGUCCAAGGUGCUGUCCAUUCUCGAAAAGGAGAUGGAGUGGCUGAAGAGCGAGAAGCGCCAGACUGAGGCGCAUUUGCGGCGCACGGAUGCCUGGACGGAGCACCUGGGCAAGUGGAAGGCCACCAUCCAAAGUGUGGAGGUAUCUGAUGAGAAGGAAUCGUUGCAGUUUAUGAUUCUGGUGCAUGUGGACGAGGACAUAAAUGCCCCAGUUCAGCCGACAUCAUCAAAAAAUGGCGACGGCGGUCAUGCAAAUCUCCGCAAGCGACCCUCGGGCAUCUCCAGCGGCUGGGUGGUGAUGCGCUCCCUCAACCAAGUGCAUGAGCUGCAGCGGAAACUGCGGCACGUUAGCUCCAACUUGAAGGCCAUCGACCUGCCCACGAACUUCAAGUUCUUUUUUCUGAAAACAGAUCGACAUGGCCAGGAGAAGGCCAGGGCACAGAUUCAGAAGUUCUUGAAUUUCAUCCUGGAAGACGACCAUCUGAAUGGUAGCGAGGCCAUCUACACGUUUCUCAGCCCCAGCUCGGACCACCUGAAGCAAUCGCUGCCUUCGCCGAAGAAGUCCAAAUUCUCGUUGGCCACGCUUUUCCGCAGCGAUGCAGGGAAGGCACACGAGGCCUCCAAGGCCACCGAUCCCUUUUGGGGGCUGCAGCGCGACGACGAGGACAUAUCCACCUAUCUGGAUGGCGAGUCCGGUGGAGAGGCCAAACUACUUGCUGCGGAUCUGGACAGCAAGGACUCAAUAGCUGAACCAAUGUACGCUCUGAUGGGCGAGAUCUUCGACAUGGGCGGUGUGUUCAAGUGGCUACGCAAGAGCCUCAUCUCCUUUGUACAGAUCACCUACGGCCGGACGAUCAAUCGGCAGAUCCGCGAAUCGGUGGCCUACCUCUUCGAGGAGUCCAUGCUGCACAACUACUUCUCGGCCAUCCUGAAGUCCUUUUGGCCGGGCGGCGUCCUUGCCUCCGCCUAUCCCACGCGGUCGGAGGAUAUGCGAGAGAUGACAACCACUGCGGCCAAGGCGCUGCUCACAGACCACAUUCCGGAGGUGCUGUGCAACCUGGUCGGGGCCCAGGCGGCCAAACGAGGUGUCCUCAAGGUGUUCGAGGCGCUGCAGAAUCCCGCCUACAACAAGCAGCUAUUCUACGAGCUGCUGGAGAUACUAAUGAUUGAGUUCUUUCCUGAAAUCCGUCAACUGCGGGUGAACAAUGCCAAUGGAACCAAGUUAAAUACGGCCACCGCUGGAGCGGCGGCUGUCUCAGCUGCAGCGGCACUGGUGGCGGCCACGGCAUCCGCGUCGCUGCCGUCGCUAAACCACAGUGCUGGAGGUCACGGUGCAUCCGCGGGGGGGCACCAGAACCACCAGGGAUCCUCCUCGACGGCGGGCGGAUCCUCGGGGGGAGGAAGCGGCUCCCUCGGCGGUGGAGCAGCGUCGCACCACCAAUCGCACUACCAUCACGCAUCCCACCACCACCAGCAACAGCACCACCACUCACAAACGGGCGGCUCCAAGUAGAGACGGUGCCCGACAUUGUUUUACUUUACUUUAACUUAGGUUUAUUUUUUAUUUAUGUUUUUCGUUUGAGUUUAUGAUUGACGUUUAAUGCUCUAUCUCUUUCUGAACGGUGGAUGUUGUUGAUUUAGCCGAAGGAAGGGAUUACGAAAAAUAGUUCUAUAGAACACAACACAACUCAGUAGUUACCAGUAUCAUUCCCUGUACAAAUGCAGACUCCAAAACCGAUUGAUUUUAGUCCCCUGUUAAAUCGUUUGUCCCCCACGUCCUGUAGCCAGAUUUGUUUGUUAUGUGUAUAUGUCUGUACAUAGGUCAGUAUUAAGCGUUGUACCAAAUUGUUGUUUAUAUACUCGUAUAGUGAAAUGUGACACUCAGCUUUGAUUGAUUAUAAAUAUAGUUUAGUAGCAGAUAUUGAGCCCAAAGAUGCGUCUGCAGCUGGCAGCUUGUAAGUCGGUGCUUGUGAUCCCCAUUCCGCUCCAGCUGCAGAUUCAGCCCCCCACAAAAAGAUUAUAGAUCACAAAACAGGUGAGAUUAGUUUGAGGCAAACUUGUAAGCGUAUUAAACAGUGCGUUCCAUGGCCGUAAGGCAAGUGUUGAGGUCACAACUUUCGUUGCUUUCAUAUUAUUUUAAAAGUUGGAUUUUAAUGAUAUUUAUUUCAUUUGGUGAUCCUUUAACGAUGGGAUUUUAUCUGUACGUUAUUAUUUCUUCGAUGUUUAAGGCUAAGAUUUAUUUUUGAUAUCUAUUAACUCUGUUAUUUCUAAUUUAUUUUACAACUUUCCUUAUCGGCCAAAAAUUGUAUUCUUUUUCGAAUUUGUAUUUUAAUUAAUUAUUUAUUUGUAAAUCACCUUUAAUUAACAAUUUGAUUUAAACUUUUCCUAACUGACCAAAAAUUAUACUUUAUAUUUUAUUUGGCAUAAUUGUUAAGUGCUAUGGUAUUAAACCUUUAUGACUAAGUGUUGGAUUUAGCUGUCUUAAAUACAGUGCGUUUGAUAACAAUAAAACAGUCGUAAGUGAGGACUUCAAAGAAGUAUUAAUCCUAUAGCUUUUGGAGUCAUCUAAGUGCAUUUUGAUACCAAAUUUAAACACAAACCUAAAUUAUUAGAUUAAAUGAUGGCCGAAAACUGUUUUAUGGACCUGAAACGCCCAACUCACAACACAAAACCCACACCCACUCCACCACUAGGCAAAAUGGCACUUAGACGAUUCAUCCCAGUGAGCCAAACGUAUCCCACUUAAGACCCACAUCCAGGCAGAGUUUCUAGGCGCUUUUAAUCUAUUUAUGUAUUG